AUGUUCAACGAAAGAGAUAGAAGUUGUAUUUUGAACAUCCCUCUUAGUCUUUCAUCGUGUUCUGAUACAUGGUGCUGGAAAUUCGAGUCCAAAGGUCACUAUUCGAUUAAGAGUGCAUAUAGGUUCCUGGUUGAUGGCUUUCAACAUAGGGAAGGGAGCGAGAUAUGGAAAAGGUUCUGGAAAGCUAAAGUUCCCCCAAAAGUGCUCAAUUUCUGCUGGCGGGCUCUAGUUAAUGUUGUCCCUUGCCUCUCGUCACUUCAGUCCAAGAGAGUCCCAGUUGAUCCUUCAUGCCCGUUGUGUCAUGUAGCCCCUGAGAAUGUCUUGCAUAUUCUGAUUCAGUGCCUUUUUGCCCGCAGCUGCUGGUUAAGCUCGCCGUUGGGUUGGCCUGCGCCUUCUGCAUCUUCUUUAAAUGAGUGGUUUUCUUUAGCCUUCUCUUCUACUUCUGUGGAAAAUGCCUCCCUUAUGCUAAUGAUCUUAUGGGCUUUGUGGCAAAAUAGGAACAAUGUUGUAUGGAAGGGCCAGGGUCAGACUGCGAGUGGUGUGUUUUGCAUGGCUCUGAAUUUUUUGCAGCAAUGGAAAGCAGCCCGGGUUGUGUCCUCAGUAAGCACCAUUGUCGACCCGGUUCGCCCGAUCUGGUCUCCUCCGCCACACGGUUGGAUCAAGGCGAAUAUUGACGCCUCUUUAAGCUUGCAACGAGGUUCGAGGAUACUGAUCCCAGCAACAUGGCCAACAGCAGUUGCGUUGGAGCUGGAGCUGGAGCUGGAGCUGGGGGAUGAUUCAGUGUCUUGCCAGAAGCCGCCUGGUGGUGCAACAGCAAUCUGGAAGGUGACUGUUAUAACAAUUGAUGCCAUUACUAGAAGUCCAUUUGUUAGCUUUUUUGUAAUAAUUAAUGAUCAUGAUCAACUCUGUGUCUGGGGAUUGGCUGGGUCUGAGCCUGAUGAUUCUGAUCAUCAGCUGGAUAACGAAGGGAAUUGCUAUCCAUUUCUAAAUAAACAAACUAAAGCAUUACAACCUCCACUCUUCUUAUUUAUGCAUGUUCAAGAAUGUGUUAGCUUAGUAAUGGGUGGAUCCGCACCGGACAAAGGAAUUGAAAGCUUAGAAGUUUCCGCCACAGGAUUGAUUAUUGCUGCGAGUUUUUGA